UCCAUCUCUCGCCCGUUGCCCGUGAUCUGUAUCAGACGGUGGCUGACUAUUUUUUUUUUUUUUUUUUUUUAAAUAAAACACAUUUUUUAUGAUGGCGGAGGACAGUGAAUCCGCGGCCAGUCAGCAGAGCCUGGAGCUGGACGACCAGGAUACCUGCGGGAUAGACGGAGACAACGAGGAGGAGAAUGAGCACAUGCAAGGGAGUCCGGGCGGAGAUUUGGGGGCCAAGAGGAAGAAGAAGAAGCAGAAGAGGAAGAAAGAGAAGCCAAGCUCGGGGGGAGCCAAGUCUGACUCUGCCUCUGACUCUCAGGAGAUCAAGAAUCCUGGCUUGCCCAUUCAGAAGCUUCAGGACAUCCAAAGAGCCAUGGAGCUGCUGUCCUGCCAGGGUCCAGCAAAGAGCAUUGACGAGGCAGCCAAGCAUAAGUACCAGUUCUGGGACACACAGCCAGUGCCCAAAUUAAAUGAGGUGGUGACGAGUCACGGGCCAAUUGAAGCUGACAAAGAGAAUAUCCGACAGGAGCCAUAUUCCUUACCUCAAGGUUUCAUGUGGGACACUCUGGAUCUCAGCAAUGCAGAUGUACUGAAGGAGCUGUACACAUUAUUAAAUGAGAACUAUGUGGAGGACGACGAUAACAUGUUCAGAUUUGAUUAUUCACCAAACUUUCUCAAAUGGGCUCUACGUCCACCUGGUUGGUUACCUCAGUGGCAUUGCGGAGUGAGAGUGUCCUCAAAUAAGAAGCUUGUUGGGUUCAUCAGUGCCAUUCCUGCAGAUAUACGCAUUUAUGACCCGCUGAAGAGGAUGGUUGAAAUCAACUUCCUGUGUGUCCACAAGAAGCUGCGUUCAAAGCGUGUUGCUCCAGUGCUAAUCAGAGAGAUCACACGGCGAGUGAACUUGGAAGGGAUAUUUCAGGCGGUGUACACAGCAGGAGUUGUACUGCCUAAACCUGUUUCCACAUGCAGGUAUUGGCAUCGUUCUCUGAACCCCAGAAAGCUUGUGGAAGUUAAAUUCUCCCACCUGAGCAGAAACAUGACUCUGCAAAGGACCAUGAAACUCUACAGACUACCAGAUAGCAUCAAGACUCCAGGUCUGCGGCCGAUGGAGAGGCGUGACAUCCGCCAGGUCACUGAGCUGCUACAGAAAUACCUGAGACGUUUCCAACUUGCACCGUCUAUGGGAGAAGAGGAGGUGGCUCACUGGUUCCUGCCACAGGACAACAUAAUUGACACAUAUGUAGUCGAGGGUGCUGGCGGUGUUCUGACAGAUUUCACUAGUUUCUAUACUCUGCCCUCUACUGUGAUGCAUCACCCUCUCCAUAGGAGCCUGAAGGCUGCGUACUCUUUUUACAACGUUCACACACAAACCCCACUACUGGACUUAAUGAAUGAUGCACUGAUCCUGGCCAAACUGAAAGGUUUUGACGUGUUCAACGCCUUGGAUCUAAUGGAGAAUAAGAUGUUUCUGGAGAAGCUCAAGUUUGGCAUUGGAGAUGGAAAUCUGCAGUAUUACCUCUACAACUGGAGAUGUCCCCCUAUGGACCCUGAUAAGGUUGGCCUCGUCCUUCAGUAGCGAGUCUCUUCAUGGCUGCUACACACACACUGAUCAAGAGGUCGUCAGCGACCUCUCGCUGUUCCGUACCUGGACACACAGGUAGCCCAAGCUAGACAAUGAGAACUACUACAACAGUUAAACCAACCUGGUGACCGGGAAACUCGCCUUGCUCGAAGCGGGUCCCCCGGCACUUGUGUCAUCAAGAACAUUCUCAGCUCACCUGGAGGUGAAAACUCUUUAAAUCAUCAACAUCCUGAAUGUGAAGUCAUGCUAUGCCUGAGAUACUCCUACAGUACAACGCUCUUGACAUGCACACUCGCAUUUAAAACACACCAGUUUGACAUACAAGAGGAUGCCUUGUCAUUGUGAGUUUUGUUUAGUUUUUCUUCCUUGUUACAAGGGACCGGCAUGUCAUUUCAUUUCACUGACGUGGAUCUAUGUAAAUGAUAAUCAAUAAGUAAACAUGACCAGAUACAAUUUGCAACUUUUCUCCUUUCUGAACGAUUAUUAUUGUAUCCAAACUACAAAGGCAGUUGAAUUAUUAUUUCAACCACCUUGUAUCAUUUCUGUGGUCAGUGUCUCUGCUGGGAGCUUUGAUGAGAUAUUCAGUCUUAGUGGAAUUAGAUGAUAUUAAGAUGAUGUUUCUUGGAUAGCAGCUUAUAAAGGAAGAAACAUUUUUCCCUCAAACAUUCUGGAUAAAAAUAUCUUUUAAAAGUCAAACUAUAAACAUCUUCACGCACACAUACAAACACUGUCAAAUAACAUGUUCAAAAAGGAUAUCUUCAUGGAAGGACUCAUCCAACUGGUGCAUUGAUACACACGUUUUAGUUAAAAAAUAUAUAGUUACCUGUACAUUUAAAGCCAGAUCAUAUUUAUUCCUGCGUGUGAGUUUGGGGUUUGGGAGGGCUGAUCCAAAGCAUUUUCCUCAUAAGUAGUGUAGAUGUCACCGAGUUCGUUCGGACCGUUCAGACAAUGUUGGCUCAAGUGGUUUCUGAUGAAGAAUGUAAUGCAUCGAUGAAGCACAAUUUUUGAGUUCCUAAACAAGCGAAACAUUUCCUUUUUAAGGGUCAGUUUUAAGCCCAGAUUUCAAAUCAGAUGGGUUGCAGUACAUAUAGUAUAACGUUUGUUUUUAUAAAGAAAGUGAGCUGUGGUCACAUUAUAAACCUGUUUUUGGAGCUGAUAACAGAACAUUCAAACCAUGUUUGGUUAUAGUAACUGUUGCUCUCAUGCAAAGCUGUAAAAUAUAAACAGUCAAUGGUUACUUGCAUGUCUGUGGCGUCCUGUCUAGUUAGCAAGGCUCUUAAAUUAGAGGCAAAAAAAAGUAGCUAAAUAAAGUAGGAAUGACUCGCUCUGUUCACAAACCGGGCAGGAAAACACAAAAAAAUACCAAUUAAAUGAAAGCCAGGCUGGAUUUUAUUUCAAUUUUGUACUAAAAAGUUUUCCAAAGGGUCUGUUUUUUGUGUGUGAGAUGGUUUUAUAGCGUAAAGAUGGCUUGCUUGCUUUAAAAGACGACAUGGCCUCAGUUGUUUACAGCAGCUAAGAUCAGUUUUCUUUUGUUAAUUUAGUCACUCAGACUCACUUGUAGAAAAAGCUCAUUUACCUUUUUCAGUAGCCUGUUGCAAAGUUGGAAUUAAGCUGCCGAAGUUCAACACUGGUCGAAAGCAUUUAAAAAUUCAUUUUCAAUUAAACUAACCUGUGCAAAGAGAAUUGAGCACAACACUCAAAGGGUCUGGGGGAUUAUUUCACAGCAUGCAUUCAGGGUUCAGUGGCUGAACGAACAAAAGCCUGUAUCGGUAACGGAAUCAAUUUGAAAUUUGAGCUUUUUCCGUUCGUUUCAGGUCAAUUUUAUUGACUUCUUGAUUUUGUUUCUAAUGGUACUGUAUUUGUGUCUGAAAAAUAUACUGUAGGUCAUUUUUUUGUGUGUUUUGCAGCUAAAUGCGUGAAGCAAUUCUGAUAUUUAUUACUGUACUUUCAAAAUGUCUCAAGACACGUCUUGUUUCUUUCCAGUAUCCCCCCACCCUCCUACCCACCUACCCAAAACAUCCCAGUUAAAUAGGGAGUUCAAAACUGACAUAGAAGGGUUUGGAGUAUUUGGCCAUCGGUGUACACAUAAGGUUAAAAAUGUUUUUUUUUAAUUGUCUUUUUUGGUCUGACUUUGUUACUUUGUUUGAUGUUCCUGUUUUGUGGCUCUGCAUAACUUAAGAGGUAAAGGCUGCUGUCAUUUUUGUCAUUUUUCUCUGUAUGUGAUGUAAUUUUCUUCUCAUCCCUUUAUAGAUUAGCAAGGAAAAGCAAGAAAUAACUGCAGUCACAGCAGUUCAGAGAUUUUCUUUUACUUAUCCUUGAGCGGUUGAGUGAGUUACAUUCACAAAGAAGGACGUUAACGGCAUUAAUUUCACUAGAAAUGGGUUUGUGACUCAGCGGUGUGCCUCAUGGAUGUUGGUCGUGUCACAGAUGUUUUGCCUGCAGCUGUUUGAAUGAAUUUUGAGCAUGUCUGUUUUGCUGCCGUGAUGAUUUUUAGCAUUGAUGUUACUAGCCACACCCUUUAGUGAGGAGUCAACCCGAAGUACCUGCCUUAUUUAAAAAAGAAAAAGAACA